GAAACGAAUGGUUUUUGAAACUUAACGUCAAUAACUACAAUGAAAAAAACAAGAAUAGUGGUCAUACUUUGCUUUUUUCUUAUUGGUUUGAUUUUACACAAGAUUUGGAAAAGAAACUAUGUCAAGAAUAUUGAAUCUUGUUAUGAAACUGUACAUAUAUUCUCUGCAGUAGCACAAGCAAAAACAAAAUGGAAUUAUAUAGAAAGUAUUGUUCUUAACGUCCUAGACGGAUCUGAACAUUCAAAUUGUGACUGCUGUAUAUAUGGAUACCAAGGAACACCUAUUCAUCGUGUAAAUGCCAUUGUCAAAGAAACCUACAUUCACAACAGUAAAUUCACUAACUUAAUAGCAAGACAGUUCCAAUGUUUUGUUAAACAAAUGGGUUUUAAGAUUGUAAACAUACAAUUACUUGGAAAAAUGGAAUCUUGUAGUAUUUCAUAUAAUCGUCAUCCUGUGUUAUAUCCAGAGAUAAAAGUCAAUGGAUUCGGAAUAUGUGCAAAAAUAGCCUACAAUUAUUUAAAUCCAUUACACCUUAUUGAGUGGUUCGAAUAUCAAAAAAUGAUGGAUGUAGAUACGGUGCUCAUAUCUUUACAGUCCUUAAACAAAGAUGCUUAUAAAGUGCUAAAAUAUUAUGAAAGAGAAGGAAUUGCAAAACUCAUUUAUUUUCCAAAUGAAAUGCCCGGAGAGUUAGAUCGAGGAUUUACGCCUAGAAAAUGGCAUUACCAUCAAAGCACUCACGAUGAACAGGUAGCAGUGUAUUCAUGUAAAGAAUUUUUACAGGGUUUCGCCUUUGUAGCGAUUAUAGAUUUUGAUGAAAUUAUUGUUAAUGAUCGAUUUUCAACAUACAAAAAAAUACUAAUGUCGGAGUUAUUACCCUCUUAUCUGGAUGCUGCUGCCUUCACCCUGAAUGUGUCUUUCUUCAUAAUGGAUUGGGGAGUAUCAGGAGUAGAACCGUUGCUAACCAGUAAAUACAUUAAAAGAACCUACCCAGUUUCAGAUCGACAUAAAAAUAUCUAUUUGCCAAACAGAACAGACACGCUUGAUACUCAUAAAAUUUGGCCAAGGAAUGGAUACAAAAGGAUUUGGCUUCGAUCUCACAAUGUUAUCCUGCAUCAUUACAGAAAAUGCAGCAAAUUAAAUAUUUUUCCGGGUGACUGCAUGACAUUCCCAAAAUAUAGAGAUACUAAAAUGAUAAGAAUAAUGCCAAAAUUAUACGCCAGAGUUGUUGCGGCUAAACAAAGAUGUAAAAUAUAAUAAUCGGCGUAUGGUUUCAAAGAAAGACGAACUUGUUUUGGAAAUAAAGACAAGGUGAUCUCCAUUCACAAUGAUCAAUCAGAUAUGUUUGCUGCUAUAAAUAUGACAACUUUUACCAUGUCCUAUCUAAAUUAGUCAAAUGUCAGAAUUCAACAACUUUAUCAUAUUUAUAUUACAAUCAUUGUCUGAUAAUUAUUAUAGUUUCUUCAGUUUCAACAACAACAAACAACAUUACAAUUUACAACCCAGGAGUAUUAUUAACAUAAUUCACAAAACUUACCUUUUUGUCAAUAAAGUA